AUGGACAAUACUAGGAUGAACUCCUUCUUAGAGUAUGCAAUUUGUAACCGUGGGACGGGCGCCUACCACCACUUGGAGCAAAGCUCCCCAUCCUUCCCCCCUUGCUCAGGUAGCCCCGGCAGUGACACUUUCAGCGGGGACGGGCGCUUUGGCACUGGAGGGAGCGCGGCCGCGGCUGCCCACCUCCCCCAGCCCAGCCCCGGCUGCCGCCCUCCCUCCUCUGGGCGCACCGGCCCCGUGGCGGGAGCUGCCCCCGCCGGGUUCCCGACCCAGCCCUGCGGCUCCAGCUACGGGCACCACCAGCUCUUCCCCGGGCAGCAGGACGCGGAGGGUGUCUACUUCCAGGCGGCCGGGUACUGCGCCAACGCGGGACCGAGCCUCAGCUCCCUUGCAGAAAGCUACUGCGGGGUCCUGCCGGCCGCCGGGCCGUAUCAGCAGCAACACCUUUAUGGGCAGGAGCAGCCCGGCUACUUGCCCGGCGUUUACAGCAACCUCUCGCCUGCUUUAAACGAGGACAAAGACCCUGCGUGUCCCCCCGAGCCAUGCCCCAACGCCAGCGCCACGCAGACCUUCGACUGGAUGAGGGUGAAGAGGAACCCACCCAAGACAGCUAAAGCGGCGGAGUAUGGACUCCUGGGACAGCCAAACACCAUCCGCACCAACUUCACCACCAAGCAGCUAACGGAGCUGGAGAAGGAGUUUCAUUUCAACAAGUACCUCACCCGGGCGCGGAGGGUGGAGAUCGCCGCCACCCUGGAGCUCAACGAAACUCAGGUCAAGAUAUGGUUCCAGAACAGGCGGAUGAAGCAGAAGAAGAGGGAAAAGGAAGGUCUUGCACCGGCCGCUGCCCCCAGGUCUGCGAAGGAGGGGGGUGAAGCCUCGGACCAGUCCACCUGCACCUCCCCCGAGGCCUCCCCCGGCUCCGUGUCCUCCUGAGGGGCAGGUUUCCUCGCAGCUCCCGCAGGUUUCCACGCAUGGCCCGGCCCGGCCCGGCCCGGCCGCACACACGCGUCGGGCCGACCCCACUCUCCCAUUUGAGUUUCUCUCCCUUAAUUUAUAGACCCCUGUAAAACCACCGGACCCCGACGGAGCAGCCGGGUCCUUGUACACCCCAACAAGAGGCGUUUGUCUCAGGGACGUUCCUCCUCUGCCUUCCCCCUUCCUUAUAGGAACUGCACU